UGGAGGUUUUCUUGAGCUGCUAAAACGCGGAAAAACAAACUCUCACAAACUUGCAUCGCUGUCGCUGUUGUCUUUCAAUCCUUUGAUUGUUAAAUAUAUGUUUCGAAAUCUCAUUUAAGCGAGAAGCCUUACAUCUUCUGUAGUGUUUGUGUCUUUUGAAGGUAAAAAUGGCGUUUUUCGCGUUUGUUUAGGAGCUUGUUGACAAGUUUAACCACUUCUAAGUUUAUACAGUUCGCCUUUUAUUGUACUCUUAGCAAACUUUGUGUUUUAAUGGGCCAAAGUCAGUUUUACUUAUGGAGAUCACUCCCAAAGCAGCCAAAGUAAAAUCAGUGUGUCCUUCAAGCUGUGAUUCAGUGGAGUCGAGCCCUUCUGAGUAUAAAGAGGAGAAGCAUCACCAGAAGCUGAGCUCCUCUCUGAGAGAGAGACUGAAGAGAUCAAGACGUUCCUUCACCUCGCCCAUUUCUGUGGCCAAACGCCUUUGUGUGGAUGAAGAGGAGGAGGAGGAUGGUCGACAAGUUCCAGCAGAUUCCCGAGAGAGAGUUAAUAACUCUCCACUGAUCAUUCCCAGUGUUGAUGUAAACAGGAAUGAAGUGAGAACAGGGAGUGAGAAGUUUUCUGGACCCAUUCCCGAACCAACACGUCCUCCUUCACAAGACUUAGCACAACAACGAGACCAGCUGAGGAAGGAGGUUAAAGACAAGAUGGAGACUCUGCGCAGACUCAAGAUGGUACAGAUGUACAGAAGCAAGAAUGAUUUAACACAGCUCAAGACCUUGAUUGAGAAGUGGCGGAGCUGUGCUCAAGGAGCUCUGUUUGCACUCCAGUCAGAAGUCCCCAUAGAAGGAAGAAAGGCCAGCCUGUCAGAGCUCAUUGACCUCUUCGGUCUGGAAGAUGGCAUUUUGCACUUUGAUCGCACAGAGGAGGACUUCACUACCUGAUACAAGUUUCUGCAAAGCAUAUUAUUUCACCGGUUGUCACAAAAAUACUACAGAAGAACAAUCACAUUUCAAAUAUGCGUUCACUUAUUGUUUUAUUUGUUGCUGCUGUUCUGUUUGAAUCCACAUGUGCCUGAGUUGUAAAUGUAUACUUGCAAAGAAAAUCAUAAAUAAAUGUGUAAUCUGUUGAAGAGAA